AUGAACUCAUCCGCCACCUUAUCCCUCGAUCUAAAUGACAACUGGUCCCUCAUCCGACGGCUGGAAUCACCACAUAUCGUAUGUUAACAUUGUUUUUUGAGUUGUUUUUUGUGAGUAAUUAGGAUAAGAAGCUGGAAGACAGAGAUCUACCUUGAGGUUCUUGUUCUAGGCCUAUUUUUUGGAAUUACUGAUUUUUGUACCGUAACUUGUGCACUAUGGUUUUUUUUCGAAAGUAGUAGUUGAAAAUUAUUUCUUUCACAUAGUUUUUGGUGGUUUAGAGACUUUUAAAUGCGUUUUUCACAUUUAACUUUUUCUAAUUCAGAAUCCGCCGUCCAAAACUUCCGGCAGCCUGAGCGAAAGGGAAGAGAAGAAACAGCUGAAGGUCCCUGCCGUCAAGCUCGCUGAUUUUGAAGAUUGUCCGAGAAACGAUGCCCUCCGUGAAAAAAUCCGAAUCAAUGAGGAGAUCAACGCCGAAGUUAUGUGGCGCGUUAUGCUGGAGAAAUGGGAUAAAGCGGAAGAAUUCAAGAUCGGAAAAGUAGAAGAGAAAAAGGACCGACUGUUUUCUUCACGGGAACUGGAUGUGCCGGCCUUCGAGCCUAUAAGAACUCUCUUCUCAGUGGAGGAAUGCAAAACUGGAAAGUUCGUAUGUUGUCAUACUGUAUUGUUUUAUAUUAUUUAGGUUAUUCCGAGAAAAGAGACGUUGUUCCAUGCUGCGCUCGAUGUCGGAAGAAACAUCGUCCUGCAUAACGACCUAGAGGGCACAGAAAUUGACCGGACAUUGGUCACUAACGAUGUAUACAGUUCGUUGGAGUUUUGUGUCCCUGAACGAAGGCUCAAGUUCAUCAGGAUUCGGGAGAAUAGGAAGGAGAAGGUCGAAAUAAUUCUGAGAGACAAACAGGAAUUCGACAAAACCACACGUCUUUUGAAUAAUGUGGGUUCUUUGAUUAAAUAUCGAUUGGUUUUUUUGUAUUGCAUUGAAUACUUGUUUCAGCUCUUCAACACCCGUGGAUAUGGAAUAGCCAACAAGAGGAGGAAGAAGUAG